AUGAAUGAUAGCUCUGGUGACCAGGAAUGGAUCACUGAACGGGUCUAUUUGAGUGGGGGCAGAGAGGUGUCCUUAGAGGGUUCUAAGCUGGAGUUUGUGGAGGCCGUGAAACACAGCGGGUCUUCAGAACAACCAAGACCUCACGUCAGAAAUGGGACGCUGGUCUACUCCAGCCCUGCUGGUGUGCUGGACUCUACUGGGUCCAGACAGGUGUCUGUGGAGCUGCUGGUGGGGAACAGCUCAGUGACCUGCAGAGAGGAGCUGACCUACCUCCCAGACCCACAAUUCACCAGCUUCACCACCACACGCAUGGGCAAGAACAUACGCGUGGUCAUUCAGAAGUCAGCUGACGCUCUGCAGUUGAAGGGGUCAGAGGUCGAUGUUCAGGUGAGACGGGGGGCGGAGUCCUACAGGUGCGUGAUGGACAGGAUUGAGCACAGCGCUGAUUUGGACUCGGUCAUCUGUGAGGUCAGAGGCGUGAAGGACAUCAGCGUAGAAGUGGACGCACUGACGGUCCGUGUUGGAGGUUUCUCGGUUGUUUUCCAGACAUCUGACUCUCAACUGUACAGAAACGUUCUGAUCACUCUCGCAGCUGUGCUUUGCACUCUUGUCAUGACCUACUGCUGUCACAGGAGAAAGACGAGAUCUGCAGCGGAGCGAGUGGAGCUGGGAGCUGUUGAACAGGCAGACCGUGCUGUGGGGCUCCCUCUCAUGCACGACCUUAGUGUGGGCACCAGCUCUCCUUAUGUACCUUACGUCAAUCAGUAA